AUCACGGUUGAAAUGUCAAUAAACUGACGUUUAAGUAUUGACACGGUAGAGUGCAGGUUAUUUUUGUCACAUUUAUUCCUAAUUAUAAUAAGAUUUCUAAAUAAUAUGCACCUUGUAAAUUGGAGUGAACGCACCAGCAACUAUUUUAAGAUCAUUCAGUUCUAGAGUUAGCCCGUUAAUUCCGAAUUAAACUUUAUGGAUCGAUUAAUCUAUUAAAAAAAGUACUGUUCUUUAUUUGGUGUUGACCUAGUGUAGUUCUGCUCGGGCCGCAUUUCUUAAAUAUAAUCGUAAAAAAUAAAGAAAAACCAACUCAUUACGAAUUAUCGUUAUGAUAAAUUUGUUAUUGUUUGUGUUUAUUGCUUAUGAAUAACCUCCUUUAUUCUAAAGAAAAGAAUGCCUGUUUAUUGUGAACACCAAUAUGAUGGAAAAUGAUGUUGAUGGUCAGAAUGAGUCGGAAAUCGAACAGAAUUUCUUUGGAUGUGGUAGGAUAUUACGCAAACAGAAACUUGAUAAGAAAAUUUGUGCCAAAGAUGAAAGAAAUGCCUCCAUUAAAAAGGUAUCUCUUAUAUUACAAAAAGUUGAAGAUGAACGAACGGUGGAUGACUUGGAAACGUUGAAAGAACAUUCAGAUGCAGUUGAGGAAGUAAAAUCAAGAUGGAAACGACGUGAUGCUGCUAAAAGACGGUUGGAGGAGAUUGAAGAUACUCCUACAGAUUUAGAGGUAAAAUGCCAAGUCCUUGCCCAAGCCAUUGCACAGUCCCAACAUCUUGUUGUAUAUACCGGAGCUGGAAUUAGUACAGCAGCAAAAAUUCCUGAUUAUAGAGGAAGCAAUGGAAUAUGGACUAGAAUGCAACAAGGGAAAGAUAUUGGAAAUUAUGAUUUAAGCCUAGCAGAACCAACAUACACUCACAUGGCCCUUUCCCAACUUUAUCGUAAAAAGAUAUUAAAAUACGUAGUAUCCCAAAACUGUGACGGUCUUCAUUUAAGAUCGGGAUUACCAAAAACCGCCCUUUCCGAAGUUCACGGAAACAUGUACAUUGAAGUAUGCAAGAAUUGCAAACCAGUCCGUGAAUAUCUCCGUUUAUUUGACGUUACUGAAAAUACAGCUCGUUUCGCCCACAAAACAAUGAGAAAAUGUUACUCUUGUAAUUCACCUUUAUUAGAUACGAUCGUUCAUUUUGGUGAAAGAGGCAAUUUACAAUAUCCGGUAAAUUGGUCUGGUGCGUGUAAAAACGCGGAUAAAGCGACAACGAUUGUUUGCCUUGGUUCUAGUUUGAAAGUGUUAAAAAAGUAUCCUUGGUUAUGGCAAAUGGAUAAACCGGCAAAGAAACGACCGAAUUUGUAUAUAGUUAAUUUACAAUGGACACCAAAAGACGAGUGUGCAAACGUGAAAAUACAUGGUAAAUGCGAUUUGGUUAUGAAAAGAGUUAUGGAACUGUUGGGAUUGGACGUACCUAAGUAUGAUAGAGAUAAAGAUCCGAUUUUUCAUCAUUGUACUUCGUUAUUUGAAGGUGAAGAACAUACUCUAACGCAGAGCGUUUUAAAAAGAUUAUCAGUAAAAGAGGAAGUUUUAAUCAAAGAAGAAAUUAAAACGGAAACCGCCAGUGAACAAAAAAUAGUAAAGGAGACGAUCAAAUACGAUCUCAACGCCACGGCUACUUACAGUUUUACCAACUGUGAUAAUAAUACGAGCAAUACAACCAUUCAAACUCCUAUUAUAUCAACCUCCAGAAAUCAGGUCAGUCUUCCAAAUCCAAUAAAAAUAGAGAACAACACUAAUGUACUACCUCCAAAAUCAUCGUUUACUAUUGAUAGUAUAUUAGAUACAAAUAGAACGUUUACGAACACCAUAAAUGAUACUUUGGUUAGAUAUUAUCAAUUAUCAAAUUUAUUAAUGCAAAGACGUAUUUUAGAGUGUCCAGAUUUAUUAUAUUAUCCUUUGUAUACGAACUUUUUGUAUUCGGGUAUACACAGUAUUAUAAAUCCGUCGUUUUAUCCGAAUGUAAAUCAGGUAAAAACUAUCGCGACGCCCGAAUGUAAGUUUUGUCAUAAGAAUUACGAAUCGUUUAGUUGUUUGUUUUAUACGAAAUCAAAUCCCGAGUUCCUUAAUGUAAAUUUUCGCGAUAGUAAAAUCGAUGGUAGCAAAAAACCAAACGUUUGUGUAUGUUGUGAUUAUUCGACGGAAGAGGAAGACGUUGAAAACUGCGAUGACGUUAUAUCCGAUAAGAUUCAGAAAUUGGAGGAUCCUAAUGGUAGUAAGACGGAGAAGAAAGUUCAAGCAGGAUGGUUUGGAAAAGGCUACAAAAAAAACCGACGACUAAAAAAGAGAUAAUAUUUUUUAUCAGUAUUAAUGUCCUGUUGGUAUUUUUUAAUUAUUUUUACUACUUUUUUUACACCAUUUCUGUCCAUGUUUUUGCUAAUUUAUGAACUGAUGUGAUGUGAUUUUUUUUUAAAUAAAAUCCUAUGUUAGAAAUAA